AUGGACCGCUUCACCGUGGCCGGCGUGCUGCCGGAAGUGGAGGAUUAUUUCGGCAUCGGCGACAGCAGCUCCGGCCUCCUGCAGACAGUGUUCAUCAGCAGUUACCUGGUGCUGGCUCCGCUCUUCGGCUUCCUCGGGGACCGGCACAGCCGCAAGCGGCUCCUGGCGCUGGGGCUGGGGCUGUGGUCGGGGGUGACGCUGGCCACCAGCUUCGUGCCCCCCCAGCACUUCGGGGUGCUGCUGGCCGGCCGGGCGCUGGUGGGGGUGGGCGAGGCCGCCUACUCCACCCUGGCCCCCACCCUGGUGGCCGACCUGUACCGGGGCCCCGCCCGCAGCCGCGCCCUGGGGGCGUUCUACCUGGCCGUGCCCCUGGGCGUGACCCCUGUCCUGGGCGUGGCCGCGCUGCUGCUGCUCCUGGCCGUGGUCAGGGACCCGCCCCGGGGCGGCCUGGACGGGGCCGGAGCCGCGGCCGCUGACCGCAGCUGGGCCCGGGAGAUCAGGGAGCUGGGACACAACCGGACGCUGGUGCUGUCCACGCUGGGUUUCACGGCCGUGGCCUUCGUGACGGGCGCGCUGGCGCUCUGGGCGCCGGCGUUCCUGUUCCGCGUGCGGCUGGCGCGGGGCGAGGCGGCGCCCUGCCGGGGGGCACGGCGCUGCCGCGGCGACCAGAGCCUGCUGUUCGGCGCCCUGACCUGCGGCUCGGGGGUGCUGGGGGUGGGGCUGGGGGCGGAGCUCUCGCGGCGGCUCCGCCCCCGGCACCCCCGGGCCGACCCAUUGCUGUGCGCGGGGGGGGUGCUGGGCGCCGCGCCCUGCCUGCUGCUGGCCCUGCUGUGCGCCCAGCCCUGCCCCCCCGCCGCCUACGUUUUCAUCUUCCUGGGCGAGACCCUCCUGUCCCUGAACUGGGCCAUCGUGGCUGACAUCUUACUGGGCUGCCCCCCGACGGCGACAGCGACGACGACGACGACACCGAGGCCGGAGGCCGGACACGGAGACUGCCCCCGGCCCACGGCGUGGCCUGAGAGUGACCGCUGA